ACGUAUAUUUCCUGGGAAUGCAUUUCCAUGACCUUUCUAAUGUUUUAUGGCUCUCUGCUGAGGGUUUUUCUUGGCCCCUCCCCCCAGCUUCACCGCAGUGGAUGAUGGGAAACCUGUGCACGUUCCCCGUGUCCGUCUCCACGGCAAUGUGCAGUUCUGGAACACGCUGCGGCCCGAUGAGGAGCGCAAGGGCUCGUUCGUCGCAGUGCCCCUCAGGGACCCCUGCGGCAGGGCCAUCGGGGUGCUGGGCGUGGAUACCCUCAGGGAGCCCCAGGAGAGGAACAUCUUCCUCCGGCAUGAGAUCGACUUCUAUCAGGGAGUUGGUAACAUGUUCAGCCUGGCCUUCCAGCACGUCCUCUCCCUGAAGAAUAUCCUCUGCAUCGUGGACAGCGCCACCUCCUGGCUGUACAGCCGGGCGCCCAGCGUGCGCAGCGUGACCACGUACCUCAUGGAGCCGGCGGGUGAGACGGGUUCAGAUUACACACUGAGGAAGAUGAUGGUUCUGGACAGUCAGACAGGCCACUCCCGUCUGCUCUCCUCCCCAGCCAGCCUGAGACGCAGAGACCACCUUUUCAGGGACUACCUGUUCAAGUGCUGUGACAGCUCGGAGGCACUGAGCUGCGUGGCGUACGGAGAGCAGCGAGUAGCCGUGCCGCUCCGAGACCCUGGCGGGCGCGCGCUGGGCGUGGUGGAUCUCAGCUGUGGGCAGCAGGGGGCGCUGCGGCCCCACGAGCGCAGGGACCUGCAGGGGAUGGUGCGCAUGGUCCAGGCUGCCUGCUGCCAGCUGCUCCGGGAGACUUCCGGGCUGGCAAGGCCAAGCAGGCUACUCGAGGCAGAGGGCGCCGGUGGGGAGGAGCGAGUGGCCCUCCUGUUUCUUCGCUUCAUGCUGGAGGACCUGCGGGGUUGCGUGCGCAGACUCGACCACCAAUCAUUCGCCGAGCUCAAGAGCUACAAGGACCCGCCCCCCGUGGUGCACCAGGUGCUGAGGGCGGUGCUUCUGAUGCUCCACCCACACUGGGAGGAGACUCCCGAGAUUGACAGGUGGAGCCAGUGCAGGCUGAAGGUGAACAGCGAUCUGGUCCGAAAGGUGUUGCACUUUGACCCCACGGCCCGCUCAGUGCAGGUAGAGCGAGAGGACCUGGAAGCAUGCCUAGCAGGUAUUCCCCGCGGAGAGGUGUGGAAGCACGGAUCACUCCCAGCGGAGCACCUCUAUAACUGGGUGUCCGUGUGUCUGUCCCUGCUGGAGCAGGCUGAGAAGCUGCGUCAGUCUCGGGAGCCAGCCCCCUCCAACUCUGACACGCUGCAGAAGGACCCCCCCCGCCCCCCCACCAAGCAACAGGAAGGAACUUAAUGCCACCUGCUGCACUGUAGGAGCGACUUUUUAAAAUAGACAUUACUGUUCCUCUGCUGAAUACGGAAGGGAAGCUCUGUGUCUGUUUGGAUGAAUGCAUGUGUAGUAUUUGUAGUUAAUUAACCCAUUACAUACCAAAUACAUUUUUCUCUGAAAAAAUCUGAACACAAGCUUUAUUUAUGUUAUUUGAUACAUUGCAUUCAAUCAGCACCAAACAGUACUUUUGCUCUAGAACAAAAUGUGCACCUUUUAUUUUCACAGCGAGACACUCCACCUCUAAGAACAAUAACAGAAGUAAUCCUGCCUACCUGUAUCUAGCUAGCUAAACCCCGCCCAAAAAACAACAUUUAAAAAUCACCUUGCUGGGAGUGUUGCAGUAAAAAGUCACACUCCACUCCUCCUCCCCCCGAAGCUGAACUGCAAUCUGCCUGAGAGCAUCAAUCAAUGUGUUGUGGCUGAGAUGAGGGCCCGAUAAGCAGGGAGCUGUCCCGGAGCGACCCGGACGAUAAUUACUUCUCCUCCCAGGCUUGCUGCAGAUACAGAAGCUACGUGCACAGGAAGGCUCUGCAGAUCCUGGCAGGGCUGUGAAAGGCAGUCGUCGGAACACACCGACAAUAAACACGGCAGAUUAGAUCUUUUUAAUAAAGCGUUGUGUCUUUCGUUUUCUUUUUAAUAAAAACGGAAUAUUAAAGUUUAUGACAGUAUCGCUGGGGCAAUUUCUUUGUGUUCAACCACCACUGUGACAGUCCAAACAGCAGUUAUGAUGAUGAUGAUGAUGAUGAUGAUGUACCAGAGCCCCUGGAUAUGGUGCCAAG